AUGAAGACCGCAGUUUUAUUUCUAUCCGUCGGCCUGGCGUCAGCCCAGGUUUUGAAUAACUCCACUGGUGUUUUCAGUAAUUCCACCAGCAGCUUUGCCUCGCCCAAUGUGGAUAUCAACAACCUCAACCUCGGUGGACAGGUGGACCUCAACAGCUUGGACGUCAACGGCCUAAACCUAGGCAAUAUCGAUCUCGGUAACCAAGAUGAGAUCGUUGAUGCUAUCCUGGCUAUGCUUGGCGGAUUCUGUUUGGGUGGGCAAUUCAACCGCAAUAAUAUCCUGGGGUUUGGCUUCAACAAUGAUGUCGAUCUAUUCUUCCAGCUUGCUCAGCUGCAACAAUUCCAGCAGCUUGGCUUCCUCAAUCUGGGAGGUGUGCAAAAUCUGUUCAGCAAGGGGAAGGUACUUGGGGGGUUCAACCUAGGUCCGCAUACUUUUUUCCCCCAAAACCAAGUGAAGCUUUUGCUGACCAUGUCGUCAGGCCUCUUCAAACGAGAAAUUGCUGAUGCCAGGAAGACCAUGAAGCGAACCGUACUUCGCCGUGGACGGUAUGCCAAACGUCAGUCGUGUGCUCAAGGGGCUGGAUCAGGCGCCAUCGGUUCGGGGGUUGGUGGUCAGGAAGAAGCUGCUUUCACAAUUGCGACAGCUGAGAACCCGCCAUUGGAGACAGCUAUUGCGACGGCGGCGGCGGACUUCACGAUCGCCACCGCUUAUCCUGGAGUUGAUGAUCUUGUUGAGUCCGUUGACUCGGCCGAUUUUGAGGCAGUUUUUAGCAUCGCCACAGCAAACCCAGAUGUUGUCGUUGGUGCCGCCAAUGAUAUCUAUGCGUCAUCCGCUGGUGUUGCUACUGCCACUCCUGCUGUUGAUUCAGCUUCAGCAGUUGUUCAAGCCUUUGCCACGAUCACCGCUGAGGCAGUAGCAGCUCCUGCUUCCGUUGCUAUUCCAGCCGCAGCUGAGACCGCUAUUCCGGCUGUUGCUAUUGAGGAAGUUGAGGAGGCUGGGGAGGUCGAUGUGGAGGACGCUGUCGAUAACCUGUCAGACCUCACCCGUUAA